AAAAGCAUCAGAGCUUUUAUGACGAAUUGCUAUCACGUGGCAUUUUACAGCCGUUGCUCAGUCCUAUUGAAGGAAUGGUACAAAAAGAAAAGGGAGUCCAUAACUAUGUGGCCCCUCAAGGGAUUUCUUCUAUUGUCAAACAUUAUCUUGUAGACUCAGAGGUGUGCUAUAAUCGGCAAGUAACCCACAUCAACCUGAAAGAAGGCAAGUUGGAGGUCUGCAGCAAUUCAGCUCCUUCAGAAAUGUUUGAUGCAGUUAUUCUAACGAUGCCUGUUCCACAAAUUCUUCAGCUACAAGGACAUAUUGAGACUUUAAUAAGUGAAUCACAAAGGCUGCAACUGGAAAUGGCAAAAUAUUCCUCUCGAUUUGCUUUGGCCCUUUUCUAUGAGGCUGGCACACAGAUUGGUGUCCCCUGGGCCGCAAAGUACAUCAUCGAUAAUCCCUGCAUACGGUUCAUCUCCAUCGACAAUAAGAAACGCGGUUCAGAAUCCCCUGAAGUCGGACCUUCCAUAAUUGUUCACACUACAGUUCAGUUUGGAGCUCAAAACGUGCAGAAAGAUAAGGAAGAGGUAGAACCUCUCAUCCUCAGCCAGCUACAACAGAUUCUGCCAGGAUUGCCCAAGUCUGUUGGCAUCAAGUGUCACAAAUGGAGAUACUCGCAGGUCAUCAAUCCGGUCCCAAACUUUCCAGGGCAGAUGACACUUAAUGAACAGCCACUUCUUGUGUGUGGUGGUGAUGGAUUUACACACUCAAACUUUGAUGGCUGCACAGAAUCUGCUUUAAGAAUCUUGGAUGUGUUCAAAUGUCAUUUUUGAAAGUCUGCAUCUUGCAAUUCUGAAUAGUUUGCUUUGUCUCAGGUCUCAAUCAUUAUUGAAGGGCUGCUCAGUGUGUGGAUAGAAUCAAUAGCUUGCCCCCAAACCCCCUGCCCCUAACUCCCAAGAGAAUUUGGUAUAUACAUCAUAUUUACAUCUGAGCCAUAAAAUAAUGGGAACAUAUGUUAGACGUUUGUCAUUAGGAUCUAGGGAGACAGUGCUAAGUGGACUAAGAAAUUGACUAUUAACAGUCGUAAUGCAAGGAAGUAGUUGAUGAUUUUGUGUGUAGUGACUAUAGUUGUUACUCACAGAAAAUCUACCCGUCAGUCAAAUUUCACACUACAUGCUCCAUGUAUCAAAACCAUUUUAAGUGUCAAAACUCCAAAUCCAGACACCUGGCAGUCAUCAUACAAAUCUAACUUUUUUUUUAAGAUUUGGUUUAUUUUCCACAAAAGUAAAUGUCCUCUAUAUGGAUUUGUUAAACAUAUGGCAAUCAGGGGUGUGGAGGAUAAUGCAUUUGUUUCCUUUCUUCAGCACAGUCACAGUGACUGGCAUCCAGUCCACGCUCAUCAGGAGAGCUGAAGACUAUUCCUAUCAGGGUUGUCUCAGGGGAGGGGGAGGUACAGAACCACCCUUCAGCUUUCUCUCAGCUGGUGCCCGGCAUUGGAUUCUUCUCACUGAGCCUAGCUUUGGAAACUCAGGGGAAACUGUGCAGUUACAUGCACUGUGCCUGGUGGCACGCACUAUUCACGUAGGUAGCAUCUGAAUUGGCUGCCUCCACGUUUGCCAAUCCUAUGAAGGAUGUUGGACAGGCUUCACCCAAACAGUGGGCCAGCAACCCAGGAAUCUCAGCGGUACGAGUGGGAAAAGUGAGUUCUGCGCAGCUGAUCCGAGUCCCCUCCUGCCCGCGGAAUACUUUCCAGCUGCGGGAAUGUGUCCAGGAGCUGCCCCAUUACUUCUGUCCUUCUCUCCGUCCCAACCAUCCUCCAGCACUUCUGAGGCUGUAGUCACCCAUCCAGGAAAGCUCAGUCUAUAAUGAGCACAGUAUGACCCCCCUCACAACAAGAAGAAUGGGAGAAAAGUUAGCUUUGUUAACACGACAUUUCAGUAUGUUCAAAUAUUAACCUUGCACAUUUCACAAGCACCCAUUCCAAAUCGUCAGGACAAAUGUGAACAUUACUUACAUAAUUAAUGUUGCUUGCUGGGUGACCAGAGGUAGAAUGUUUGCUCUUGCCUCCACUCCUACUAUAUCCGUAUCUGUCACUGUCUGCUACUAGUUUUGCUAAUGCAGCCAAACAUUGAAGGUUGAGGCUAGACUUCAGUAAAUAAGAAUAUAAUUGGAAACUAAUCACCAGAAUCAAGCACCGAGCAUUAUAGAAUUAUAACACACACCACAGCAAAUGAAAAACAGAUCUGUAUUCCCACCUGAAUGGUGGCCAUUUCAAAUGUUGCUAUCUGCUUUUGAAAAUAAAAUGAAUUUUAUGGUAA